AUUUAUCCAUCCACUGGGGAGCUAAAAGCUCAAAAAGCUCAGAGCUACCAUCAUGGCAAAGCUUCUCAUCUCCAACACCACCUCUCUCCCCCUCUCUCCACCCUCCUCCUCCUCACGUGCUUCAUUCAACCCUCCUCACGUGCCGCCGGCUCGGUUAUUCCUCUCCGGGAAAUCCAGCAACAGAGGCGUCACCACGGUGGUGACUCGAGCGGGUCCCACCACGAGCCAGUACGUGUUCGCAUUCGUUUUGCCGCUCUCACUUAUCGCCUUCACUGUCUUCACCUCCAUCAGAAUCGCUGACAAGCUCGACAGAGACUAUCUCGAGGAGGUUGCAAUUAACCAAGCUAUUAGGGAAACUGAUGAGGAUGAUGAAGUUGACAUGUCUCUAGAAGAAAAAGCUGCCGUUCCACGAACUCGUAAUCGUCCCAAAAGGGAAGUCUAGAUUUUUCUUGUUGCCAUAUAGUGUUGUCUUUAGAUCAGCUGCUGGCGUUCAUUGUGAUUUUGUGAAUUCAAAAUGGGAAUAGAGGAACCUUGUAGACCUUUAGCUCCUGGCCAGUUACCUUAUUUUGACAAUUUUGUAGCAUUGAGUUCAGUUGCACCUUCUUUCUGAAAAGACGAAUAUUGUCAGAAUACCCCCGACGGCAUGUAUUGUGUCUAUGUUUGUAUGUAAAAAAGAGAACUAUGGAAUGAAGAUACAUCAGUUUUAUGAUUUGCACAAGAUAAAA